AUGAUUCCAUCAGCAAUUGUUUAUACAAAUCCAUUUACUAUGUUUCCAACUGAUGAAGAAGCAAAUGCAGGUUUUAUCGAUUUGAUUUUCUUAAGUUUAUUAUUAACGAAUUUUCAUGAUGAACAAAGAAUUUAUUUAUUACUUGAAUAUGCACCCGAUGAAGAAUUAUAUCGACGUAUGCAAACAGAAAAAACUUUAUGUGAGAGUGAAGCUGCUGAAUAUGUCUAUCAACUUUCUUAUACUUUAAAUUAUUUACAUACAAAACGAGUUAUUCAUCAGGAUAUGUUUGGAGAAUUUGAUGAAUAUGAAAAUUAUAAAUUAAUCUGUUGUAGAUAUUAA